CUCUCGCAGCUGCCAAGAAUAUAGUGUCUUGUGGUGCAUCCAACAGUUUCCUGCACCAAUGGCGGGAACAGGGGCUGGCUACGACUUGUCAGUGACCACCUUCUCACCUGACGGCCGAGUCUUUCAGGUCGAGUAUGCUGGAAAAGCAGUUGAAAACAGCGGCACAACCUUGGCAAUUUGCUGCAAGGAUGGUGUAGUCUUCGCAGCUGAGAAAUUCUUGCUGUCAAAGAUGUUGGUUCAUGGCACUGCCAAGCGAAUAUUCCCGGUUCACAGGCGUGCUGGCAUGUCCAUCGCUGGCAUGGUGGCUGACGCUAGGCAAAUUGUCAGCCGUGCACGCUCAGAAGCCACGCAAUUCAUGAACGCGUAUUGUGAGGAAAUCCCACCAGAGCUUCUUGCUGAACGCCUCGGGCUUUUCAUGCAUGCCUAUACUCUGUACUGGUCAGUACGUCCAUUUGGCUGUACUGCUUUGCUCGGAUGUGUGGAUGAGGAGACGAAGAAGCCUAGCCUCUUUUGCAUUGAGCCAAAUGGCAUGGUCUACAAGUACACUGCCACAGCUGAGGGCAAGGGAAAACAGGCAGCCAAAACCGAAAUUGAGAAGGUGUUGGCGAACAACCCAGAGCUCACGUGCGAGCAGGCGUUGAUGCUGGUUGCCAAGAUCAUCCACAAGGUGCAUGACGAGAAAGACAAAGACUUUGAGCUUGAGAUCUCCUGGAUUUGCCCUGCAUCGAAUUACGAGCACGCCCAAGUGCCGGUGGAGCAAAGGAAGGCUGCGGAAGCAGAGGCCGAACGUAUCUUGGAAGCCGAACAAGAGGAUGACUGAGCGGUGGGAAAGUAAGAGAAGCUCAACAAACAGUGAUACUACUUCCCUUGUGCAGAG